UAAAAUAAAAAAAAGGGAGUAUAAUAAGCGAGCAAGCCGCGACUUACGAGAGAAGGGGGAAAUCAAACAAUCAAAGAAAUCAGUGAAAAGAAGAUCGAGAAAGAAACGAAAGAACAAGAAGCCGCCGCCGCCGCCGCGCCGCCGCCGGAAAGAAGAGCAGAGACAACACAGAAUAUAAAGAAUUAGAAUAUUAGAUACAUGUCAAAGACGAUUGUGCAACCUGUAGGGCAGAAGAGGCUGACCAAUGUUGCUGUCGUGCGUCUCAAGAAACACGGCUGUCGCUUUGAAAUCGCUUGUUACAAGAACAAAGUUCUCUCCUGGCGCUCCGGCGUAGAGAAAGAUUUGGAUGAAGUCUUGCAAUCACACACCGUGUAUUCUAAUGUAUCAAAAGGAGUUCUUGCCAAAUCCAGGGAUUUAAAGAAAGCUUUCGGGCAGGACGAAUAUGAUGAUGAUGAAAAGAUUGAUCAUGAAAAAAUCUGUUUGGAGAUUUUGGAAAAAGGAGAGCUACAAGUUGCUGGAAAGGAACGAGAAUCGCAGUUAUCAAGUCAGUUUAGGGAUAUUGCAACUAUUGUCAUGCAGAAGACCAUAAACCCUGAAACUCAUCGUCCGUAUACUAUUAGCAUGAUUGAGCGUUUAAUGCAUGAAAUACAUUUCGCAGUUGAUCCGCACAACAGCUCGAAGAAACAGGCCCUUGAAGUCAUUCGCGAGCUUCAGAAACACUUCCCCAUAAAACGAUCUCCUAUGAGAUUACGACUGACUGUGCCUGGACAGGCCUUCUCUUCUGUUUCCGAGAAAUUAAAUGAAUGGAAAUCCAGCAUUGUUUCGAAAGAAGAAUCUGGAAAUCAGCUAUCUGUUAUCUGUGAGAUGGAGCCUGGCUUUUUCCGAGAUUGUGAUGCCAUGGUAAGGAAUUUGCAGGGUAGGUUGGAAAUCCUUGCUAUCUCUGUGCAUGCAGAAGGAGACACAAAUGUUGAUCACUAUGAUGAUCACGAGGAACCUUCAUCAAGCUUACCCAAGGCAUCUACAGGUGCUGACUUCCAGCUGAGUGAGAAAUUGAACAAACAAACAAUCUCUGAGAAAAAACCAGAUGCUGUGGGAGAUGUAAAGCAGCAGAGCAAAUGCAGUACAUGCAAUGCAUAUGUAGGUGAUUCAAAGCAAUACAGGGAGCACUUUAAGAGUGAAUGGCACAAACACAACUUGAAGCGAAAGACUAAGCAACUACCUCCAGUCAGUGCUGAAGAAUGCUUAGGCGACAUGGAGAUUACCGACUCAAGGGCAGAUUUGAAGGAUUAUUCAUUUUGAGGUUGGCUUGUAUUGAUAUAUGUUUUUUGUCUUGAGACUUUAUGAAAGAGGAUUGACAAGAUUUAAGCUUUAAAUGCAUACAGUUGCAACUUGCAAGUAUAGACACGGAACUUUGUAUUAAGCUUAUAACGUAUCUGACUGCUUGUUAUUCUCU